CCCUUGUCUGAUCUCCCAUCUCUCCGAAAACCGUUAUAGGCGGAAAGGAGCGUCAUAAACGAUAACGAGACAGAAACAAGCUCAAGCGACAUUGACAUGGAGAAACGUGUCCAUGAAACUGAUUCCGUGUCUCUACCGUCGCACACUAAUUCUGUAGAAAAUGCAAUUGAUCCGGAGGCCCAGCGUCGCCUUGUUCACAAACUUGACUUGAUUCUACUCCCACUUUUCACUGUCGUUUAUGCAACAAAUUUUAUUGAUAGGACGGCAAUUGGAAAUGCCAAAAUUGCAGGCAUUGAACAUGACCUUGGGAUGGUGGGGUUCGACUACAAUAUUGCACUGACAAUCUUCUACAUAUUUUACAUCUCUGCCGAAAUACCGUCCAAUCUUGCUUUGAAGCAUUUUGGCUCUAUGUGGCUGGCUCUGAUGGUGACGGGAUUUGGUAUUGUCUCUAUUGGAACAGCAUUCGUCAAGAACUAUGCCGGUCUGAUCAUCACCCGUGUUUUCCUUGGGCUUGCUGAAGGGGGAACAUUGAGCGGAUUGACAUAUAUAAUGUCUCGGUAUUAUAGACGAACAGAGCUUGUCCUGCGCGUUGGCAUAUUCUUUGGCCUUGCACCACCUUUGGCAGGAGCGUUUGGUGGUCUCCUUGCUUCUGGACUCCUUUCAAUCAAUGACAUCGGUAUGGUGAAGUCAUGGCGCAAAAUAUUUUUGAUUGAAGGGAUCAUUACCUCUGGCUUUGGGCUCUUGUGUUUCUUAAUUAUACCAACAGAUCCACAAAGGUCGCGUAUGCUGAGUGAGAGCGAGAGAGAGCUUGCGCUUGCUCGUAUAGCGGCUGAUCAAGCUGUUUCGACCCACGGAAAAAAGGAACGCACGACUCUCAGGCUAGUCGGGAGGGCGUUCAAUAUUAACACCUGCGUCUUAGCCUUUUGUUAUGUCUUGGUUAAUAUCUCGUUCCAAGGUCUUAGUCUUUUUAUGCCGACCGUUGUCGCUACAUUGGGCCACUUCACUACUGUGAAAUCUCAGCUUCGAACAGUGCCUCCUUAUGUUGCUGGUGCUGUUUGGGCUCUCAUAGGUGCCUAUCAUGGCUUUAGAAUAAAGCAACGCGCCACACCAAUUAUAAUUUCCGUUCUACUCAUGGUCAUUGGGUAUGCGAUUUUUGUCGGGACAGAGAACUCGCACGCUCGGUACGCUGCUUGCUUUCUAGCAGUUGCAGGAGGAUCACCUAGCGGUCCGAUGAUUCUUUCGUGGGGCACCGAUAACGCUGCACCAGAUACUGUGCGUGCAGUCACUACAGCUAUCAUUCCAGGUGUCGGUGCACUUGGUUCUGUUAUCGCUGUGUGGACGUAUCUCCCAUCAGAUGCUCCGAACUACCAUCAUGGGAACUCGCUCAACCUCUCAACGAGCUCCCUUUGUGUGGUGCUCGUCGCGUUACUCGCAAUGUACAUACGCUUUGAGAACGCUAAGCGUGCACGCGGUGAAAGGGAUUAUCGGCUAGAGGGGAAGAGUACUGAAGAAAUUGAGCAGCUUGGAUAUUUGCAUCCAAGAUUCCGAUAUCAAAUGUAGCAGUUGAAUCGAUACCAUAAUGUUUAUGCCUAAUGUCUGUUAUGAAUUCACAGAAUUUAACGGCACU